AUGCACGACAAUCUUCCUCGCGAUCGUCGUUCCAGGAUCGUCUCACAGCUUGGAAAGGUCUCGGUCGUCAUCCUGACGUCCUUGUUCGUGGUCUGUCUGGGGUGUUUGGUGUUUCUCGCGUUCCUAUGGGGAGCCGACGAAAAUAACACUGUCUGGAGAAGCAUCGUCCUUGCUGAAUGGACGGCUCGUUCUAUUACAAUUACAUCUCUCGUUCUCAGAUGGGCCACAGCUGCGCAAGCGGCAACAUGCACAUCUAUGCUUGCGGCAAUCUUGCUUAAGCAAGGCGCAGUCCCGUUACCAGCCGCGGCUGCUGUGUCUAUCAUCAGGGUUGAUAACACUGGUCCCUGGUCACUUCUAGGGAAGAUGGAAGCAGAGUGGCACCGUGGAUCUGUUUUGGUAGGCUUACUAGUUGCGCUGCUUACCUUCACAACAUUAUCUUUGCAAUUCACAUCAACUAUUUUACUGUCACAAGUCGGCCUAGCCUCCCUCCCUGUGGCAAGUUCGGUCCCACAAACAUAUUAUGGCAUCAAAACAGAGGGGAAUACGUAUUGGUCUUUGAUCGGUAUAAAUCCAUCAUUUCUUAGUACGACACCUGCAAGAUAUCCAGCCUUCGCUGAAUGGGUUCCUAACACAUCGACCUCUAACAUGGCUGCUCAGCACGGAUUCGCCUCAAGCAAUGCGCCUGGCAUAAGAGACACAGGAACCGUUAUGCGAGCGUUUCUUCCUAUUGACAAUAACGAAGAGCGAAAUAGAAUAACAGAAUAUCACGGAAUUGCCACCGUGGUAGACACGCGGGUCGUCUGCAUGCGCCCAAGUCUCACAAAGCUCGCAUUCUCUAUGCACAACGGUUUAUAUGUAACAGGACUAGCACAUAUUGAGCAGAAGCCGUUGGGCCUUGUUCGACAAGCAAGGGAGGGGCGAAAUAACAAUUUCUCUGUCUUUUUUGAUUGCGGUAUCACAUUGCCUCCGGACGGACCCCACUCAGAACCUCACUGGGCGCUUGCUGCAUGUUAUUGUGGCAACAAUAUUUCAGAGCAAGGAAUUUAUUCAGUUAUGGAGCCGAAAGGGAAAAAGCAUCUCGGUGAUUCCUAUUUACUCAUUAACGCAACACUCCUCAAGUCCUCGGAGGAUAUCGACGACUCCGACGUGUGGGAGUCUAUCCCAGGCUCUGAAGAUUCUGUAUCUGCGCGUCUGCAACUUACAUUCUGCAUGACAUCAUUCCAAGCGCAACGAAUGGAGGUAGACGCAACGAGAUCGACAUUAAUACAUCCAGAGCCGUCCUUGCAUUGGAACACCUCAACCGCCAUGUGGAAUACCCACGCUGUUCUACAACAACUUGGAGCUAGGACAUCAGAGAUAUCAGCCGCGGAACGUGGCAUCUUUGACCUUGCGCCUCGGUCAUGGCAAUGGUCUAAGUACCCCGAGGAUUUAGAGCACACUGGUGACGCCCUCGAAACCACGCAGAAUCUUGUCUGGGUCGGCAGUGACUUGGUGUACAAUGAUGUAGUGAACAGUGCUCAAUACUCGAUUUUCAGUCAAAUGGCAAGUUCCACAAAGAACCCAGCGCUCGGUCUUCAAGCAUUUCUUACAACUCUAUGCUCUAUCUGCUAUUACGAUCGAAUCCCAAUGUUUGACGCAGUCGGGCCAUCGUCCCGUGUAUCUCUGGUCCAAGUUAUUCGACCAUUAGGCUGGACUGCCUUUAUUAUCGUCGCUGCCGUGGCAGUGUUACACCUUAUCCUAGUCCUCUCCGUGGUACUGAUGUUCCGAGGCGCUGGAAACCUCAGCUGCAUCCAAAACGCGUGGCCUUCUAUCUCACAACUCCUUGGUCCUGUUACAGAAGACUGGAUUAGGGGCGCAGAUACAGUCGACGAUAAGACGGUCAAGUUAUGGUUGAAGGAUCGUGGCCUGCAUAGAACGUUGGUUGGGGUUGAGCAUAUUCAGGGUCGGGUGCAUCUUGUUAAAAAAGAAAGAAUUUCAUAG